UCCGCGUUACGUCUCUUCAAGUAUGACGUGAGCUGUUCUUUCUUCUGGCGCUGCUUCCCGUGCGUCCACGUGCUUUGUCCCCUGUGCUCAAACUACCUGGUUUAUCCGUUAACAGGUCGUGCGGCAUGUAAGUUUCAAUUUUAAGCUAGAAAACUUUUAAUUCAAAAAAAAAUAAAUAAGACCAAGUUUAAAUGAAAAUAAAGAUCAGUGCAGGGUGGAAUUUGACAAAGUCAAGAGCAGUGAUUGUUGUUAGGUGUUGACUUAUAAUUGAGUAAACCGUUGCGCAAAUUACUUUCUACAAGUUACAUUUUGGAGUAAUUAAUCGUGCAAUUGAUCAACAAAAGGAUUGACUUUUGGAGACAAUAUCAAAAGUGAACAGUUCUGGGAUAAAAUAAUAAUAUCAUGGACGCUCAUCAACAGCAAUUUUGUCUUAAGUGGAAUAGCUUCGGCAGUAAUUUAGCUACCGCUUUUUCGAAUCUUUUCAAAAGUGAGAGUCUUACUGAUGUAACACUUUUCUGUGAAGGUAUCACUUUUAAAGCUCACAGAUUAAUUUUGGCAGCAUGUAGUAAACACUUCCAAGAGCUUUUUGAAGGUAUGCCUCAUUCCUUAGCUGGAUUAAUUGUAAUCUUGGAUGGAACAAGUGCUCACAAUAUGGCAUCACUGCUCGAAUUUAUGUAUCGUGGAGAAGUCCAUGUAUCCCAAGAUUCACUGAGCUCUUUCUUAAAAGCUGCUGAAUACCUGCAGGUAAAGGGGCUAUCGAUUGAACAUGAAAAAUUGGCUGUGGCUCACACACAUGUCUCAGAAAAUAAUACUGUUAUGACUGAGUCAGGAAGUAACAACACUGAGAUUUUAGAAUCAGAAGCCAUCAGUAGAGUUUUGAAAACAGAAGCGACUUCAGUUUCAUCUCCAUCAUCAAAUUAUACUGUACCAAACCUUUACCAUUCUCCUAGUUACUAUGAAAGUCCACAAAAAAGAACACGAUUACUGAGAUCACCAAGUGAUGUCGAUGCUUCCGGAAAAGUAAGUGUUUUACGAGAUGGAACAACUUUCCGCCCCGCUUCUGCUCCACAUCCAUUACUUCUAGAAAAUCAUGUAUAUCCGACAUUUACUCACCCCUCUGAGAAUUUGACCCAUUCCUACACAGCGCCUCAUACUCCAACUGAAUUGGAGCGAGAGCUCGAACAAGAUCAGUCCGAAGAAAAGAAUAACGAGGAUCUCAAAGAAAGUGUUGCAGAAGAUUUACGUAUAAAACAAGAACCAGUAAUAGUCACUGAUCGAGAGAGCUCUGAUAAAUUAGUCGAAAAAUCAUCAGGAGAAGUGUAUUUAGGCGGAAGAGGAUUUGAAGCUACUAAUUAUGGAUUGGUCAAUGAACAUAAACUUAACAUAACAUCAUUUAAACAGAGUGCAGUUCAAUUGUCUCAUCCACCUACGCCAGAUCUCAGCCCAGCACCUACAACGCCUGCUCGAUGGAAUUCAAAAAUAAAUAAAGCUGGAACUGUAAGCACGCCAGAUGGUAAAAAGUUAAAAUGUCCCUUCUGUGAUCGUCUUUAUGGAUAUGAAACAAAUUUGCGUGCUCAUGUACGACAGCGUCAUCAGGGUAUUAGAGUUUCAUGCCCAUUUUGUUCACGUACAUUUACCAGGAACAACACUGUACGAAGACAUAUAGCACGUGAACAUAAAAAUGAAAUUAGCAUCAAAGCUUUUCAAACAGCGAGUCAUCAAGUUUCGGAUACAUUACCGCAGUAAAAGUCAUCAUUAUAUUUGUUAUACUUGCAUAAAGCAAUCUUUCUAGUAUGUUAUGUUUGUACCAUUAUUCGUUUUUUAUGGUAUUUUCAAGUUACAAUUUUUAUAGUAUUAUAAUGCAUUAACCUGCAUUCGAGUAUAAUUUGCAACUAUGCGUAUGGUCUAUUAUUAUUGAUGGCUAAAAUGAGUUAUUCUCAUUAUUACUACAGUUACCUGUUACUUAGAAGAAAUACACAUAUAUUACUUUAAUUUCAUCUUAUGAAUUAAA